AUGCCUAUCAAGUCCAAUUUGCAUUGGGUUGCAUAUAAGGAGGUUGUUGCAUCCUCGGCAGUCAAGUCACUCGAAGUCUUUGCAAGUAAGGUGGUCAAGGCUCCUCUCUUUCAUGUUGACUUGAACCAAACCUUAGUAGAUGAUGUGAGCCCGGUUAGUAGUGUGCCGCCUAUUGUUGAGCAUAAAGUUGAAGCGGAAGCCAAUGAGUAUCCCCAAUAUGAGUUCGGAGGUAGUGCACCGAUGAAAGAUUAUGGUGAUGACUCCGACGAAGAGUAUGAGAGGCACCGCAACAUUUUUGGUGACGUAGAGGCUGAAGUAAGGCAUCAGGACAUGGAUCCUGACAUUAUCUAUCAGCGUGCUUGUGUGGAUGACUCGGAUGAUGAAGGCCCGGUGAAUGAGUUGGACGAGGAUGGCUUGACUAAGAAAGAAGCAGAGUGGUACACAAAAAUCACCGGUAGGGAUCACAAAAUUCCCUUGUUUUGUGAUGUUAGCCUUGCAGAUAAGGCUAUAGUCGACGGUGGCAUGAGCAAGGCAAUUGAGGCUAGACAGUUCCCAAGUAGUACACCCGACGCGAUUUCGAUGUCGUACGUGAGGAAAGGUUUGAUGUUCGAGCACAUGCUAGAAUUCAGGAUGUGGUUGUGUGAGUAUGCUAUGAAACACCACAGGCCUUUCAUAGUUGUUCACUCGGACUGCAACAAGCGAUACACCGUGAAAUGUGAGGUAGAAAGAUGCAAAUGGAAAGUCAAUGGAAGACUCACGAAAGAUGGUUGGUGGAAGAUAACCAGUUGCAAAGCCACUCACCAAUGCACACCGCCGGCCGUAGAAGCACGGAAGACACACCGUCAACUAACCUCGGAAUUCAUUGGUUAUAAAUACCAGAAACAUAUAGCCGAGGAUCCAACCAUUAAAGUGAAGUUGUUGAUGAGUUGGAUUGAAGAUAAGUUCGGAUAUAAGGUCAAGUAUGGGAAGACAUGGAAGGCCAAGCAAGUCGCUCUCAGAAUGUUGUACGGUGGAUGGGAAGAGGCUUACAACAUGCUACCCAGGUUGCUGGGAGCGAUGUCGUAUAGAAACCCAGGAAUGUACCACUAUGUCCAAGAUAUUGAAGGAGUGUUCCGUCGUGCCUUUUGGACGUUUGGCCCAUGCAUUGCAGCUUUUGAGCAUUGUCGACCGGUUCUGUCUAUAGACGGGACAUUCUUGACAGGGAAAUACAAGGGCACACUCAUGAUAGCAAUGGCACAUGAUGCUAACGAUCAGGUGUUGCCUGUGGCAUUUGCUUUGGUCUCCGUGGAGAACCAAGACAACUGGGAAUGGUUCAUGAGACUUGUUAGGAGCACGGUCAUUCCUCCGAAUAGGGAGGUAUGCAUCAUAUCCGAUCGGCACCAAGGCAUAUUGAAGGCCGUGAUAUUCAUAUUCCAGGGCAUGCGAGGCUUCACCACCGAUGGUGUAUGA